GCGUAACGUCUGCGGGGAUCCGUCCCUAGGUAACGGUAACUAUGUGUGACGUCUUUUCAUGGUGACAGAAAAUCAAAAGACAAGAUAUGGUCGACUAGUCGGCUAAAUAACGGUGCUUUUUAUAUUUUUAUUUUAACAAAAUGGAUUGGAGUUUGAAUACAAUAUAGCAGAAGUUGUAGAUUGGUGACUCUGCCGGACAGGAAGUGAUGGACUUCCGGUGGGGGAGGAGCCGGGGUGAGGAGGGCAUCGCCGUGGUGAUAAACUUCCUGCUGGCUAAUGCCCGAUUGGUCCUGGGAGUGGGAGGGGCCGCGGUGCUGGGCAUCGCUACGUUGGCUGUCAAGAGGUUGAUAGAACGCGCGGGCCGAGCGGCGGAGGACGAGAAGGUGGAACAGAAGAUGUCAGAGAGCUGGGAGGAGCUUGGCUUAGUCUCCGCCUCCCCCAAGUCCAUAAGGAAGGGGCUGGAGAGUGUGGUCAUGAAACAUGUCGCCAAGGCAACCAAACCACAGAAAGCUGACCUGUGCCAACCCCAUCCUCUCUCUCCUCUCUCUCUAGCUGACCUGUGCCAACCCCAUCCUCUCUCUCCUCUCUCUCUAGCUGACCUGUGCCAGCCCCAGCAGCAGAAGUCUAGUCUAAAUGAGAAGCCUGUCAAUGCAGCAGAGCCCCAGAGACCCAAGAGCCUACAGCUGUCUCUCACCCUGCAG